GACAUCCGGGCCGUCGCUGCCGCUCAACUCCGCCGGGCCCGGAGGGGCCCAGCCCGCCGCCCUCCCCCGCCGCCGGCGGCCCGGCCUCCUCCCCUUGCGCGCUGUGCUGCCCGGCUGGCGCGCCGCGAGCCCAGCAUGGGGGGCAGCCGCUAGGGAGCCCCCUGCUGCCAUGCAGAGUCCCGCUGCCCGGCCUGGGUGAGGGGCCUGCAGCAGCACCUGGCAGAGAGACCCUGGGCCCGAGGGGAAAGGUGCUGCCUCCAUCCAGCAGGAGACAGCCCUGCCCCACUCCGUUCCCCCUUGGGUAGGGGCCAGCUCCACCUGCUGUUUGGCCCUGACACCGAGCCAGUGCCUGGGCCAUGUUCCCACGCCCCCUGGCCCCGGUGGCAGUGCGGGGUGCAGAGAUGGGAGCCACCUCCGUGCGCCGGGCCGCAGUGCCUGCCAGGAUGCGGGGCGGCAGUGGCACCAUGCUGUUGCCCUCCAUGCUCAUGUUUGGGGUGAUUGUGGCUUCCAGUGGCCUGCUGCUCAUGAUUGAGAGGGGCAUUUUGGCAGAGGUGAAGCCACCACCACUCCAUCCCCCACAUGGAGACCUCGCUUGGAGGAGCAGCGGUGACACCAGGGCAGUGGCCUCCGAGGACAUGGAUUACCAGGUGCUACAAGAUGUUCGUAACCGGACAGUCCGCACCAUGUGUGGGCAAAAGAACAUGCCUCAUAGCAUCUGGGAGCUUUCAGCAGGUCAGAGGAAAACCGUGCUCAGACACAUCCUAGUCAGUGAUAAAUAUCGCUUCUUAUAUUGCUACGUCCCCAAAGUCGCCUGCUCCAACUGGAAACGAAUACUGAAAGUUUUGGCUGGAGCGCUGGAGAAUGUGAAUGUCAAGCUCAAAAUGGACCACAAGAAUGACUUGGUUUUUCUUGGUGACAUGAAGCCAGAUGAGAUCAGCUAUAGGCUAAAGCAUUACUACAAGUUUAUAUUUGUUCGAGACCCGAUGGAGAGACUUUUAUCAGCUUAUAGGAAUAAAUUUGGAGAGAUCAAAGAGUACCAGUUAAAGUAUGGCGUGGAAAUAGUAAAAAGAUACCGAAAAAGCCCCAGAAAGUCCACGGGGGAUGAUGUCACCUUUUCUGAGUUUCUCAGGUACCUGUUAGAUGAAGAUGCAGAGAGAAUGAACGAACACUGGAUGCCCAUCUACAACCUAUGCCAACCCUGUGCGGUGAGGUACGAUUUCAUCGGAUCAUAUGAAAGACUGAAUGUGGAUGCAAAUUACAUUCUUGAACAUGUUCAAGCACCUUCUUUUAUCCGUUUCCCAGAACGACAAUCAUGGUAUAAGCCUGUGACUCGGGAAACUCUACAUUACUAUCUGUGUAACACUCAACGUGGGCUUAUAAAAGAACUGUUACCAAAAUACAUUCUGGAUUUCUCAUUGUUUGCCUAUCCUCUUCCAAAUAUUACUAGUGAAUUUUGCAGACAGUGAACUUUUUCUAUUUGCGGGCUGGUCUAUGCUAGAAACUUACGCUGAUAGAAUAAUGUUGUGCAACAUUUUUAUACUGGUAGAAGCUCUAGUGUAAGCAGUUGUAUUGGCAUAAAAGUACUUUUGCUGGUGUAGAUUAUUUCACUCAAUAACCUGUAUAAAUUCUACUGGCAAAAAUACUUUUAUGCCAGCAUAAACUGCGGCUACACUAGGGCUACGUCUUCACUACAGGGGGGGGUCGAUUUAAGAUACGCAAAUUCAGCUACGCGAAUAGCGUA